ACGCCCACUCGCCUCUCGUGAGGGACAAAAUGGAAGCUCACGAGGUUUCGAAUCGUCGUUGCGUGUUUUAGGUCGGCGGCGCGUAUCUCUAAAUGGAGAAGCAUUGAAUGGUAAAUGUUCAAGGAGACGCUAUAAAGACUUGGCUACAUAGCCAACUCUGAGCAGUGACCUUGAUAGCAGUAUGGAGGAAAAUGGAGAGAGUCAGCGAAUGCUGGUGGAGGAUUCCUCCCCUAAAGAGGUAACUAAAAGAUGGGGCUUCCGGAGAAGCACAAUAGCCAAGCGGGAGUUUAUGGAAGAAAUUGGAAACUUGGACAUCAGCUCUGUCUCAGCUCCUCGUCGAGGAGCACGGCAGGCUAGAGGGAGAGGGAGAGGCCGAGGUAGAGGUAAGGACGCCGGGGAGAUGCCCUCAACUUCUCCAGCCCCAAAAAGAGGAAGAGGAGGCAGGAGAAGUGCCCCAGCAGACCUCGCUCCAGUAUCUUCACCAACAGAUGGAAAUACCAUCCUGGAGCUUGGUGGUGGUGAUUGUGCUGAUUUAAAUACCACACACCAAACAUUAAACAAUUCAGCUGCUAAAGCUCAGUCUUCUCUGGCAUUGGAGGCUGUAUCAGAUGUAGAAGCUGUCAGUGAGGCGGCUGCAUCUGACCAAGCUGAGGAUAGUGAUGACCUCACCCUCCGAGAGCUUCAGGAACGGGCGAGGAACCGGCAAAAGCUUGAGGAGGCCAGUACUUUAUCUGUACCUGAUCUAAACUUGAACACUAAGUCUGUAAAUAAGGAUGUAGAGGAGGUAGAUGUACAGAAAACAUGUUUACAAAUGGAAAAGAAUGCUGUCCAAGAAGAUACAACUCCUCAAAAGGCCAGUAGAACCUCAAAGAAAGACCAAAAGAGAGGUGUCAGAAAGGAUGAGGAGGAAGAGCAGAAUGAAGAUACUCAUAAGUCUUCACAUGACAGUGAGGAAAAUGACCCCAAUGCACUUUACUGUAUUUGUCGGCAGAAGCACAAUAAUAGGUUCAUGAUCUGUUGUGACCGUUGUCAGGAAUGGUUCCAUGGCGACUGUGUCGGUAUCUCUGAGGUUCGCGGUCGUCUUCUGGAGGAGAAUGGCGAAGACUACAUCUGCCCUACCUGCUCUCCCUGUCAGAGUCCUGUGGAUUUCAUGAAGCAGCCUGCGCUCUCCACAGCAGCACUGAGUUCCUCUUCUGAAAGCAUUUUUUCGGCCUCAGCUGGAGAAGACAGACCCAGCGAGGACGAGGGCAUCAGAGGAAAAAUCCGGAAGGCUGCCACUCGCAGCACAAAGAGAAAAUUCAAGAUUUUCCAGCCGGUGGAAGUUGUAGCAGCUGUGUUGGAGCAUGAGAAGGAGGAGAAGGUGGAACAGGAAGUGGCUGAGGAAAAAGCAGCUGUUCCUAAGUGUAUCGGGCCAGGCUGCGAUAACAGUGCCUUGCCAGAGUCUGUCUACUGUGGCCACCAGUGCAUCAUACGGCACGCUGCUGUAGCAAUGCAGUCCAUCUCUGAGCCCAAAACAGAGCCACAGAUACAGACAAUACAGACCAAACCUGCACCUAAACCUAUUCCUAAGAUUCAGAAGAAGACAUUUCUCGAAAAGCUUUUCAAGAGAAAAUUGGUGGAGAAGCCAGUUAAAGAAGAGGAUGGUAGCAGUAAGAAGCCUGCAGUGAGCUUGGAGACGGAAGAGCCUGUCUCAGCUCCCUUGUCCAGCGACCCCGAGCCCAAAGCAGCGGGGGUACAGGAGUCUUCGGCAAUCGCUCCAUCAGUGUUUUACAAAUCCAUAAAAACGGAAAAUGGAGAUGUGGAAAGUAAAGCAGAGACUAAGCAAGAUGCUCCUCAGCCUCCAAAUCUACCAGCUCCAUCAGAUGGUCCUGAAAAAGAUGAGAAAACUGAGAAAGUCAAUGAAAAGGCAGCUUCUUCAGCUCCGCUGCUCAGGAAACCGGGAUCUAAUCCCCUUCCCAGUCGAGCCAAAAAAACCAUGCCUGGCUCUCCACGCCUGGCUGGCCUCAAACUGCUCCAGACGGAGCCUCCACAAGUCAACAAGGGCACCUUAACUGUGCCAGAGAAGCCACUUCAGUCUCAGGAAGCUACUGCUGUACCACAGAACCCAACGGCUUCAUCUGGUCAAGCAUCGGAGAUCCGGGUCCUGCCGGUCACUCCGGCCCCUGUUCCACCUCCCAGACCUCUUCAGGCUCAUCCCAACAUGCAGAUGAGGCAGAACAUCAGGCGCUCACUCACCGACACCUUAAUGAAAAGGGUGACUGAAAGUGAUGACUUGGAGAUAUCUGAGAGUGACGUUGGAAAGCUGGCUGUAAACAUUGAGCGAGAGAUGUUCAACAUGUACUACACUACAGACAGCAAGUACAAGAAUAAGUACAGAACUCUCCUGUUGAGCUUGAAGGACCCCAAAAACAAGGGCCUUUUCUACCAGGUUAUUAAAGGCCAGAUCACUCCAUUUAAACUAACCCGACUGAGUCAGCAGGAGCUUCAGUGUGUUCAGGAAAGUGCUGCCACCUUCUUGAAGGAAGAGUUGGCCCCUGUUUGUAUAAAGACGGAGGAGCUUCUUUCUGCAUGUGAGGACAAAGUGGUCAAAGCAGAAAGCACUGCCACUUCAUCAGAAGAGAAAGCUUCUGCAUCUCAGGUCAAGCCUGCACAGCCCAGGAAAGUUAGCACUGCUGUGUCAGACAUAGUCAGCAGCAUGCUGAAGGACACAACAUCAGAACACAGAGCCCAUCUGUUUGAUCUAAAAUGCAGGAUAUGUACUGGUCAGAUUUCUGCAGAUGAAGAUACUGAUGUAAAGAUAUUCAAAAAGGAAGAGCUGAAAGAUGAAGACGAAGAGAAAACACCCUGGGUCAUUCCGAUGUUUGACACAAAACCUCCAAAUCCUACACCUGUAGAAACUGACCCUAUCAUGGAGUCGCCCGCCUCUCCAACUGCAGAUGAUUCUAGUGUUGAGACAGCUUCGUCAGACUUUUCUCCACUGGUGAUCCCUGAGGUUUCUGUUGUGUCCAUCACAAGAAGGGAUCCACGUACUGCUUCAUAUCGACCUGCACCUUCCCCUUCUGUUGCUGCAACUUCUGCUCCACCUACACCCCAGUGUCCACCCCUGAUGCCCACUGAAAAAGAAGCUGUGGAAGUAACAAAAGCAGUUGACCCUUUGCCACUUCCUCCGCCACCACCUAUGCCCAAGUCUAUACUAAUGAAACCCUCUGCCCCAUCGGUGCCUAGAUUUUAUAGUUCAUCUAGCUCAACCACAAGACUGACGAGCUCCCACAACCCAACUGAAAAUGAGACAAGCCAGUUUCUGUCUAAACAGGAUACGGUAUGGAAGGGCUUUCUUAACAUGCAAACUGUGGCCAAAUUUGUUACGAAGGGAUAUUUAAUCUCAGGAUUAGGAUCUGCUGAGCUUCUAAAAAAGGAUUUGCCAGAUACCAUCCACAUUGGUGGUCGGAUAUUACCACAGACAGUCUGGGAAUAUGUUGACAAAGUAAAGACAUCUGUAACAAAGGAGAUGUCCGUGAUCCGCUUUCAUCCAGCAACUGAUGAAGAAGAGGUUGCCUAUGUGUCUCUAUUUUCAUAUUUCAACAGUCGCAGACGAUUUGGGGUAGUUUCAAAUAUUUGCAACAGUAUCAAAGACCUUUAUCUUAUUCCUCUCUGUGCAAAAGAAUCCAUCCCUUCUGUAUUGCUGCCACUGGAAGGCCCAGGGCUUGAAGAGCAACACCCUAAUCUUCUAAUUGGGCUGGCAAUUUGUCAGAAACUAAAACGUCUUGGGACACAGGCACAAGAAAUUGAUGAGAAAAGACCAAGAAUCCAGAUACCACUGGAUUCACAGGGGAUGAUCCCCAUCAUCAAACCUGCAGUUCUUGAAGCUACAACAGAUAUGAGUGACCCUUAUGAUCCAGAUAUACCAAUCAGCACUACUCCUCCUGGAUCUCCACCAGAUACUCAAUCACCAGAUUCAGCCGCCUCUUUUACAAGCUCUUUGUCUGGCCCAUCUGUGCUUUCUAAUAUUCUUUCUGGGGUAAAUGCUCCGACCUCUGUCAGUGCUUCCACUACCAAGACCACCUCUUCUGAUCUUCCACCAUCCUCUGGAGCAGGAACUUCUUCCAGCACUACACCUCUUCAAACCAUUCUUAAUACAUUAUUUGGCAAAAGGACACAAGACACUGUAGAUACCUGUGAGCCAAGUCCAUCAGAAGUGAAAGAACUUUCAGUGUCCUCUCCAACUUUUGACCCAGUUGUUCAGCAGUACCAGCAGACUCCAAAGAAUACAGUAAUAGAGAAGAUGGAGUUAGAUGAUAAUGAUAGACCUUAUGACCCUGAGGAAGAGUAUGAUCAAGGAAUUGGAUAUCCAAGCAUCACUACCUCAAGCUUAAUUCAAAUGUCAACACCUAAUCCUGUUACUGCUGUAUGUAAGGUUGAUGAUGAUAAUAGACCCUAUGACCCAGAGGAAGAAUAUAAUUUAGGAAAUAAUGUUGAUGCUGUCACCUCAGUUGCUACAAAAUCUUCUGAGACUUUACCAUCAGUAAACACCUCUGCGGUACAUGAUGACGUAGCCUAUGAUCCAGAAGAUGAAACAGUUUUUGAAGAGAUGCAGACCUACCUUGCAUAUAAUAAACCCUCCACCUCUCAGUAUGGAUUAGCUUCAACCGUGUCGUUGUCUGAGCAGCAGAAGAUGCUGGAGGAGUUGAACAGACAGAUAGAGGAACAGAAGCGUCAACUAGAAGAGCAAGAGGAAGCAUUGCGUCUGCAGAGGGCAGCAGUUGGUGUUUCUAUGGCCCAUUUUUCUGUCUCUGAUGCACUCAUGUCACCGCCUCCAUGUUUUGGCAGGGAGCCAGAGGAUGCAGCAGAAAAGACUUCAGUUGUUCCAUUAAUUAAUCCAUGUAGAGAUCCAAGGCAGUGCAAGAAUGUAAAGCAGGAUGCUGUUAGUGGCAAUUUAACAACAGUUCAUAAUGAGAGAGAAAAUUCUUUAAGGGAAAUUUCUGUAAGAAAGCAAGCAUUGACUCAAGCAACCUUUCUGGUACCUUCAAACAGUUUGGUGAUGCAAGAUUUGUCCAAGACUGAGCAAGAGCUGAUGUUAGACGUAAAGAAAAAUUUAGAUAUGCCAUCAGUAACAUUGCCUGACACAAUGAACACAGUUGAAGAAAGUUCUACCAAUGUUAAUGCAGUAGAUUUGCAUUCUCCAGUGACUUUGCAAACCUAUACACAUUUAGGUGCAUCUGAACUGGAAGAAGGUAUGUGUUCAUCAUCUGGUAAUGAGAACCAUCAGCACUCACAUUCUCACACUAAGGUUUCUGGCAAAUCAAGACACAGUCGUACAUCCAAAUGGGAUAAUAGCUCAAGUAAAACACAAUCGAGACAGGACCGCAGGUCACAUCAUGAGGAUAGAUCUUCCCGUGUCUCUAAAGAUGAGGCUGACAGAUAUCGUAGAAAAGAUAGACAUUCUCCGGACCGAUCUUCAAGACAAAGUCGCACUCAUAGUAACAGAGAAGAGAGAGUGUCAUCAAGGCAGAGAGAUCGGCACCAUCAUAGAAGUACAUCAAGACAUAGAAGUAGGAGAGAUAGGCACUCAAUAAGGUCACACUUGUCUCGAAGUGGAAAAUCUGCACAACCUAAAAAUGACAAAUCCUGUCAGAGAGACCAGUCACCGUCAAGGCAGAGAACUGAAUCAGUACAACAGACACAAAGUAUAAACCAGACAGCAUCUGGGCCACCUAAAAGUCAGGGUGAUGCAUCACAAAUUGAGGCUUCUGAGGAUGGAGAACAGAACCUGCCAGAAGUGCCAAAGGAAGUUUUUACAAAAACUGAAAAUGCUCAGCCUUUAAGUUGGCAAUCAUCUGACCCACCUGGUGCUACUUUUUCUCAAAAUUACAAGAUUUCUCAAAGUAAUGAAAAUAAGCCUGCAUCAGGGUCUCUCUUAGCGCAAAAGGACCAUCCAGAUAAAGAUCUUAAAGCAAAGUAUCAAAACAGAGAUAAACUGGAAGUACUGAAAGACAACUUUGCUCAGAAGGAUCCUUCAGAAUUGCCUCCAGAGAUGGAUAAAAGUACUUUCUCAUAUUCUCAGGCAAAGUCACAGUUUUUUCAGAGUGGUGAUGUGUCACAAGUUGAACCUGACCCGUGUAAUGAAAACAAAGCUCCUCCCUUUGGGAAAAAUCGAUUGCACAGAGAUGAUUUCUCAGAGGAUGAGUCAGAUCAGUUCCAUCAUAGAAAUCAUCCUCGAUCUGAGCACUCCUCAAUGCUGCAAAGUAAAGAUGACCAGAUCCAUAACAUCCGAGAUCAGAGAAGUAAUAUUACACACGAUGAGACUGCUUUCGCUUGUCAUAGAGAAGAACAGUCAUUUAGCUCACCACAGUUGCAAAGGGGGCAUUCUUCUGGCCAUGAGGAGGAUCACAGAAAGCAGCUACCUCAAAAGACACUUCAAAUACAAAGAGAAGAUUUCUCAGAUUAUGACAAACCUUAUACCAGAAGAUCAUUUUCUGGACAUCAUAAAAUGCAGAGUGGACAUUUUUCAAAUAGUGACCCUGAUCAGUGUUAUAACAGAGAUGCAUCAAGAAUGCAUCCAUCUCUUGGCCACAAAAAUAACUUUCCACAGGAUGAAGCUCACCAGAUGCAUCAUGAUAAAGAUUUACCAUUAAUGCAAACGCAUAAUUUUGCACAAAAUGCAGUCCACCAAAUGAAAGAGAGGAACCCCCCCCAUAGGCCACCUAAGAUACAAAGAAGAGACUUUACAGUUGAUGAGGCUUGCCAUAACUCUGAUAGUCAAAAUUAUGCAGAUGAAACUGAUGAUUUGAAUACAGAGAGGUAUUCGGGUAUUUUUCCAGUAGAGGAGACAGAGUCAUGCCAACAGCAAGGUCAACCACACAGGCUGCCAUGCUUACAAAAAAAUGAUUUCCAUGGACCUGCGGCUGAACAGAGAAAUUUCAAAAGGCCAUUCAAGAUGCCAUCCCAGAAUCAGCAAGGCAGUUUUUCAGUGGGUGAGGAUGAACAGUUGCGCAUUCAUGACCCUCUACCACAAGGGGCUCAUGCAAUGAUGAGAGGUGAUCUACCACAGGGUGACCCUGACAUACCCAGAAACUUCUAUCCUAGAAAUCAGUUUCGACUACGAGCACCUGGUGAUGUAUGGAGAGGCCCACAGCAAAGGAAUUCUGGUCCAAGAGGACCACCCUCACUGAUGAUACCAAGAUGUCCUACAGUAGCCAUAAGGCCUAGGAUGCCCAGGGCUCCUCACCCUCAGGGGUUUGAGAACUGUAGACCUGGUCCAAACUUUGGUCCAAGGGGUAUGUAUCUAAGAAUAAGGACAUUUGAUGAUGCUGGACCAUCUCCACACUAUCGACCAAGGGGCCCAUCCUCUGGACCUGGAAUCACUGAGGACUCUGAGCCUCAAACCUUUAGACCAAGAGGCCCAAACCCAGAGGACAAUUCACCUCAUAACUUUGCAUUUAAAAGCCGAUUUCCAGGAACCGGGAAUGGACCUCGAAAUUUUGGGCCGAGGGGCUCAUUUUCUGGCCCUGGUCCAAGACCAGGGCUAUGUCGUUCUCAGCAUGAUGGACCCAUUCCAUCCAUAACAAGAGGCCCAUUUAAUGUCAGAGGACCACCUCGCCCUGACUCCAGAGAGCAUGCUGCACCUCAACAAUUUGACAGAGAAAUCUUUGAUUCUGAAUCACACUUUAGAGGGCAUGCUCCACCCCAGCAGUUUGACCACAGAGACUCAAGGCCACCAGGUUUUCAUGGUUCUAGAGAUGGCACUCCAACUCAUCCUUUUGAUGAAGAAGAAAUUGACAACAGAGUUUUUUCACAGCAACACACUAAUGAGACAAAACGGUCUGUACCACCUCAGCAUUCAGAUGAAUCAAACAGUCAUUAUCAGAAUUCUGCCAAUGAAAGUUUUUCAAAUUUGUUAGAACCAAGAUCUUGCAUGCAAGGUCUGAGUCGGGUGCAACCUGGGAGCCUUCCAAACAACCAGUCUGAAGAACCUCAAUUUCCAGAAAUGGAAUCAGGCAUGAGAGCACCUCAGCACUUCAGUGAGUCUGAAGAAAUACACAAGGAAUUGGGCAAACAACAUUUUGCGAAGUCUAAUAUCUGUGAGAGUUUCGGCAACCCCGAAAGCGAUGUUCAAAUAAAAGGCCCACGCUUUCAUUCACUUCAGAAUUUCAGGGGUCAAAGGGCUCCGUCUCCACGUUUUCAUGGCCAGCGAAUGCCUGCACCCUGGAACAAAGAGUUGGAGGACAAGCCAUAUUCACCCCAUUUUUCAAGAAAGAUUUCCCCAACCUUUACACAUGUAGAAAGAUCACAAGGACCAAAAACAGGUGAUAAUCAAAGCCUACAACCACAGGUAAUACAACCACAAGUUCGGUUUGAUGGUCCACCAAAAGAACCAGAUAUCCGCCCUUUGCGACUGUCGGGCCCUUUACUCCCAACUCCCCCUGGUGGCCCAAUUAGGUUGCCCAACCCUAGGAUGCAGAGGUCUUACCAAGAACACAACCGACCACAAGGUCCUCCUUCCAGAGCACAUAGUGCAGGGCUAAAACCUGUCCACUGUGAUAAUUCCAGCUGUCUGCAAAGGGAAACCUCUAAGGGUCUCAUUCAGGUGAGACAAAGAGAAGAGCUUGGAAAUGAAGGAGAAGACAGCAGUAGUCAGGACAGUAGUCCUGUAAAAGCUGGAAAGCCGUGGCGAAGGAGGACGAGAAAAAGAGAGGGCAGAAAUAGAGCGGCAAGAAGGCAAAGAAAUAGAGAACGCAGAGAUGUUUGUGAAACGGUGAGGGACAAAAACACAGAGAGGAACACAGAUAACGAUCAAAAAGCUUAAUUGAAAGAGGAAGGCCUAGAUCACGGAUCCCAAUUUGAACUGAGACAUGAUCCGUUGACACUGAUUGUAGUUAAGGAGCCAAAAUCCUGCUUAUUAAAGACAGUAAAACUAUGGAAGAAGGAAAACUAUUCAGAUUGACUGAGGCUUCAAAUGAAAGGUCAAUACGUGCAAGCAAGACCAUUUUCUCAACAAGUAUGUGAAUGAAUGGCAAUAUGUCACUUUAAUAUUUCCUGUAUUUCACUUAUUUUUUUAAGACAAUUUUUCAGUGAUAAAGGUUUGAAUAGCUUUGGACCUUUUUUUUCAUAUCACUCUAAAAAAAUGUAGUUUGACAACACUGCUUUGCCAGGUCAAAUAUGCGUUAAGUGUUUUAAAGUUUUCAUAGUGAAGACAUUUUUGUAUGUGGCAACGUCAAACAAUUACAUUCUCUUUGGUGGGAAAAAACACUGGUUUGUUCUUGCGGAGUUAUUUUUAGAUGCAUCUUUCACAUUGAAGCUGAAUGAUGUUCCCGAGAGUUGUAAAGUCUGGUGUACAUUUGAGUUUAUACAUGUUUUAUAAGCUGUUUUCUACAGAUGCCUUACAAGCCAUAGUGAUAAGCUGUUAAUCUCAGUUGAAGGGAACAAAUCUAGUAGAGAUUUCAUCAUUAAAUAAUGAAAUGAUAAAA